UCUAGAACCGCCACUGCGUCGUGUGGUCACAUGAGUAGAUCAUAUGCUUGUAGGGGAACUACGCUAGUCUAAACAUGGCAGUGUUGACAUAUGUAAGUUCGUCUCUUUUGAAAUAUGUGCUGGUUGUUGUUCUGUGCCUCUGCGGCUCCGGUGAUGCUCGGUUCAAAGGUUUCCGUAGAUUUAUGGAUCGGUCCGAGACAACACAGCGCGCAGCUAAAGCAGGACCUGAGGUGCAGGACCACUGGUUCACCCAGAGACUGGACCACUUCAACGGCGUCGACACCCGAGUUUGGAAACAGAGGUACUUUAUCAAUGACAGUUUCUACAGACCAGGAGGCCCGGUGUUUCUGAUGAUCGGGGGAGAGGGACCUGCAAACCCAGCCUGGAUGCAGUACGGCACUUGGCUCACGUACGCAGAGAAGCUGGGGGGCCUGUGCUUUCUUCUGGAGCACCGCUUCUACGGCAAGAGCCACCCCACCGAGGACCUCAGCACGUCCAAUCUGCGCUUCCUGAGCAGUCGGCAGGCGCUGGCGGACCUGGCCCACUUCCGCACGGUGGUGGCAGAGGGGCGGGGCUUGUCCAGCAGCAGGUGGGUGGCGUUCGGGGGCUCCUAUCCUGGCUCUCUGGCCGCCUGGUUCCGUCUCAAAUACCCCCACCUGGUGCACGCUGCCAUAGCAACCAGCGCCCCCAUUCAUGCCACUGUUAACUUCCCAGAGUAUCUGGAGGUGGUGUGGCGUUCUCUGGCCUCUUACAGCCCUGAGUGCCCCCUACUGGUCAAACAGGCAUCCGACACCCUGAGCCAGAUGCUCAAGAACCCUCUCACCUACAGCAACAUCACCAAAGAUUUCCAGUUGUGUUCUCCGCUGCAGCUGGACUCCUUCAUGGACUCCGCCCACUUCCUGGAGGCGCUGGCUGGUAACUUCAUGGACGUGGUUCAGUACAACGAGGACAACCGGGCUUUUGAGGGCGUGGUGGGCACUAACAUCACUAUAAGUGUGUUGUGCGGGGUGAUGGCGGACGAGUCUCUCGGUGGGGUGUACGAGCGCUACGCGGCCGUUGCUAGGCUACUGCUCCGCACCUUCUCCCAGCGCUGCCUGGACGCUCGCUACUCCGCCUACCUGCAGGACAUGACCAACACCAGCUGGAGCGGACCGGGGGCCGCAGGAGGCAGACAGUGGGUAUAUCAAACGUGUACAGAGUUUGGAUUUUAUCAGAGCACCGACUCUCCCAACCAGCCAUUCACUGGAUUCCCUCUUCCGUACCACCUGCAGCAGUGCUCUGACGUGUAUAACGUGAGUGUGGACGUAGCGGCAGCAGUGCAGGACACUAAUGAGCAGUACGGGGGUUAUGGGUUGAGGGCGGCGCGGGUGGCUUUCCCCAACGGCUCCAUCGACCCCUGGAGCGCCCUCGGGGUCACCCAGGACCUGGACCAGCAGCUGCCCGCCAUCUUCAUCAAAGGUACGGCUCACUGUGCUAACAUGUACCCAGCGCGUGCGGAGGACCUCCCCCAGCUGGCUCUGGCGCGGGACCACGUGUACCUGCUGCUCCAGCAGUGGCUGAAAGAGUGACAGACAUGAGUAUUAGCCAAUCGCUGCACAGCCAGAGCUGACUGACCAGCCUGGCAGCCAAUCAAAAAGCAAGUGUAAGGAACGGAAUGUGAAACCUGCAGAGAACACAUAAUCAUGGGUCAGUGUCGUGUGUGUGUGUGUGUGUGUGUGUGUGUUGUGUGCGUGCUUGCGCGCGUGUGUGUGUGUGUGUGUGUGUUUGGGGGGAGGGGGCUGCAGGCAGGUGCCUGAAUGAUGUUUUUAAUUGAACAGCUGGUUCUGAAAAAGGCGAAAUAAAUGCAGGUGUGUGUGUGUGUGUGUCUGUGUGUGCAGGCUGUAUAGUGAUCAAAAUAAAGUUUUCCUACAGA